AUGUCGGUCCAGACGGUGUCUCUGACCCCUUUCCAGGACCAGAAGCCUGGCACUUCUGGUCUUCGUAAAAAGGUCGUCGUCUUUCAGCAGCCCAACUACUCCGAAUCCUUCGUCACCAGCAUCCUCCUCUCCAUUCCCGAAGGUGUUGAGGGCUCUUUCCUCGUUAUUGGCGGUGACGGUCGCUAUCACAAUUCGGAGGUCGUACAAACCAUUGCAAAGAUUGGUGCUGCAUAUGGUGUCAAGAAGCUGCUGAUCGGCCAGAACGGCAUUCUCAGUACCCCAGCAGCUAGCCACCUUAUCCGCAAAAGAAAAGCUACCGGUGGUAUCUUGCUCACUGCCAGUCACAACCCUGGUGGUCCCACCGAGGAUUUCGGUAUCAAAUACAACCUUGCCAAUGGCGCCCCCGCUCCCGAGUCCGUCACCAACAAGAUCUAUGAAACCUCGAAGACUUUGACUUCCUACAAGAUUGCCCAGCUCCCAGACAUUGAUAUCACUCAGAUCGGCACUCGCAGCUAUGGUUCCCUCGAGGUCGAAAUUGUCGACUCGGUCACCGACUACGUCGACUUCAUGAAAGAGAUCUUCGACUUUGAUCUUAUCCGCGACUUCCUCAACACCCAUAAGGACUUUAAAGUCUUGUUCGACGGUAUGCACGGUGUCACGGGGCCUUAUGGUGUCCGCAUCUUCCAGAAGGAAUUGGGUCUCCCCGCGUCAAGCACCCAGCACUGCGAGCCCAAAUCCGACUUUGGCGGUGGCCACCCUGACCCCAACUUGGUCUACGCCCAUGACUUGGUCGAAGCAGUUGACAAGAAUGGUAUUCAAUUCGGUGCCGCCAGUGAUGGUGACGGUGACCGCAACAUGAUCUACGGUGCCAAUAGCUUUGUUUCUCCUGGAGACAGCUUGGCCAUCAUUGCUCACCAUGCCAAGCUCAUUCCAUACUUCCGUGACCAGGGUGUUUAUGGUCUGGCUCGUUCCAUGCCAACCUCUGGUGCUGUCGACUUGGUUGCCAAAGCCCAGGGUCUUGAGAGCUAUGAGGUCCCCACUGGAUGGAAAUUCUUCUGCGCUCUUUUUGAUAAUAAGAAGAUAUCUAUCUGCGGUGAAGAGAGUUUCGGAACUGGUAGCAACCAUAUCCGUGAGAAGGAUGGUGUCUGGGCAGUUGUCGCAUGGUUGAACAUUAUCGCUGGUGUGGCUAAGCAAAAGCCCAACGAGACACCUAGCAUCGCUUCUAUUCAGAAAGAUUUCUGGAAUACCUAUGGCCGUACUUUCUUCACUCGCUACGAUUACGAGAAGGUCGACAGUGACGGCGCCAACAAGGUCAUUGCUGAUCUGAGCAAAUUGAUUGACAACAAAGACUCGUUUGUCGGCUCAGACGUCUCUGGCCGCAAGGUCACCGAUGCCGGCAACUUCUCGUACACUGAUCUCGAUGGAAGCGUCAGCAAAAACCAAGGUCUAUACGUCAAAUUUGAUGACGGCAGCCGAAUUGUAGUCCGUCUGUCUGGCACUGGCAGCAGCGGUGCCACCAUUCGUCUCUACAUUGAGAAGCACGAAUCUGAUGCUAGCAAGUACUCUGUACAGACCCAAGAGUACCUCGCGGAUAACAUCAAACUUGCCACUGAGCUGCUAAAGUUGAAGCAGUAUGUUGGACGUGAUGAGCCUGAUGUCAAGACCUAA